CUCACACCCACACUCCUCACGCUCACUAGGCAGACCUUCCUGCCGCCGGUACGCACACCUCUGACGCAACGCCGCUGAUGACUCGGAUAGCCUUCGCUCCGUAGAGCUCCAUCUCUCAUAGACUCAGCACGACCACCCGCCUCCUUGCUCUCCACAACUCCUCUUCACCAAUUCGGUGAUGAGCAGCCGAGGAAACAAGCAUGCUCGCCUCGUCAAGGUCCAUCUCCUCCCUGCUCGCAUUGUCUCUGGUCACUCUCCUGGCCUCUAUCGGUCUCAGACACAUAACUCAGCAGCGCGCACGAUCACCACUCGAGCAUGACGUGGAAGAGCUGCUCCUCUCCGGGAAAGCAAAGGAGCGCUGGGCAGACUGGAAGGAUUUUGAUUGGGCUACAAAGGGAGCAAAGAGGAAGCUCAGGCCGCGCCUACCUAGGCGUGAUCAAGAGAUGAGGGACCUGAUUUGGGGAGAUGUUCAAUUCCUGCAUACGACAGAUAUACAUGGCUUCUACCUCCCCCAUCACUCGCCCGUGCCACCGGCCACGUCUUCCUCUGCUGACUGGGCAGACUGGGUAUCUUUCAUAGACAGAAUGAGGUACAAGGCCCAGUCUGAAGGUAGAGACCUCGUUGUGGUAGAUACUGGCGAUCUUGUCACCGGACAUGGACUGUCGGAUGCUAGACAUGACGUUCCGCCUGGCUUAUUCUCAAAUCAGAUCUUCGCUCUGGCAGAUUACGAUGUCCUGACAGUCGGGAACCACGAGCUGUAUACGCUAGAAGGGGUACAAGCCCUACAAUCAGACUUUAUACCACACUGGAGUGAUCGCUAUGUAACGUCCAACGUCAAUUACACCUCUUCCGAGAAUGGGUCUAUCUCUCGCACUUCGUCGCUUGGCUCGCAAUACACCUCGUUCGUCCUGCCACAGACAGGUCUGCGCCUCACAUCGUUGGGCAUCCUCUUUGACUUCACCUCGCCAGUUGAAGGCAUUUCAAUCAGACCACCUGCUAGCAUACUCGGCGAGGCCUGGUACAAGGACUUGAUGUAUAGCAGAAUCGGCCACGAGACGGAUAUCUGGCUCAUAGCUGGGCAUAUGCCACUAGAUGGGCCCGAGGAUGAAUGGGAUGAGCUUAUAGAGGGGAUGAGACGAUGGGAAAGCGUAGGACAGAAGCCAAUCGUUGGUCUAGGUGGCCAUACGCAUUUGAGAAAUUGCAGACAAGACUCAAAUACCAUCAUUCUGCAAUCUGGCCGCUACCACGAGACAGCGGGUUUCGUCUCCGUUGCCUUUCCUGAGCGUCACUUGGUAUCCCACAAUUCCUCUCGCUCAUUGGGAGCUCCCAUGUUCUCCCGGCGCUACAUCGAUCUCAACCCUCUCAACUUAGCUCAUCAUCUGGGCCUCUCGCUGCACAACGGCUCCUUGACGACUCCUUUUGGCCACUACGUGCGCCAUAUCUUACACUCUCUCGCCGCGAAGUGGAAGCUGGAAGAGGUGCACGGCUUUGCGCCUCAAGAUUGGUUUCUGGAGCGCUACGCUGCCAGUGAUGAGAGGAGCAUCCUGAAGGGCACAAGGGAUGUGCUGGUCCGAAUCUUCAAGAAGACUUACGAGACAGGAGGCGAAGAGCAGCAGAUGCGAAUCGCCCUGAUCAACUCAGGUAGCCUUCGAAAUGAUCUCAGAAAGGGGCCGUUCACCAAUAGCGAUCAAUUCGUUGUCUCGCCCUUUUCAGAUUCGUUUCACUCCAUCCACUCUGUGCCCCUCUCUCUUGCCAAGCGUCUGAUCGCUCGCCUGAAUGGUGACGGAGGAGACGACCCUUUCACGCCUGACGUCGAGGCUGGAGACCGGGGUGUGGGACCGGCCGUCAACUCUUUCGAUGAGGAUGGCAGGUCAGAAGGCUAUGUCACCGUCGAUGGGUGUGGUGUGGAUGGAAGAGACGGUGAUGAUACCAUUCACCGACCUGUCCCCCUCGUCCCAUUCGAGCCACCGUACAUCGUCGCCCUCGCCUCUCCUGCUCCUCCGUCUUCUGCAAAGGCAUCUAAUGCUACGCAACUGGUGGAAAUAGUGACGGUGCAGUACCUCCUGCCCCGUCUGCUCUCCCUACUGGACGAGCUCGCCUCGGAGGCAGAGUAUUCCUCUAGCGAUCAACCCAAGUCUGCUGCACAACUACAUGCACAGUCACAACCUUCGCACGAAUGGAAGGUGACACUCCUCGACGAAGGCAAGGUGAAGACGCGCGACCUGUGGCGGAUCCAAGCAGAGGAGCUGUGGAGCGAAGAGUGGGAGGGCAAGUGGGAGAGGUAUGGCCGUGAAGCGGAGCGGCGAGGACAUGAGAUUUACGAGGGGUGAUGGGAGAGCUCAUGGCAAGGGGAGGAGCGAGAGGGGGUAACGCAUGAUGGGCGAUGUGACUUGUUGUUUUGGCAUUGCCUGCGAAGCUUAGCUUGCUUGUAUAGAUGGUGAAUCGGGUAGAUGCUCUACAUAUAAAUGACCUUUCUUGCCCUCGCCUGCUGACCUCCUUUGGCACAUCUCUCGCUUUCCCCUUUAUCCUUGCAUUCACAUUCACAUUAUCAUCUCCUCAGUCCUUCCAACAGCCAUCUGCAGCACUUCCUCCUGCCUACCAUCCUGUAGCACAAUCACCCCUUCUUCCUCGCCCUCCACCGGUCGCUGUAGCGUCUCUAGCUGACUCUUGAGCAUGCUCUCCUUCAUGAAAUGACCCUUCCUCUCAUGCAUGCGCCGGAGGAGCUCCUCGGGAGUGACUUCGACGUAGAUGUG